UGAUAGAAGAUUAUGGAGUAAUUAGUUAGAUAAUUAUGAGUAGUAGUUUAUUAAAUAAUUUAGAUAUUAAUGAAACAUAGUAUUUAUAUUAUUAGUUGGUCAUCUAUGCUAUUGGGUUUUGUUUGGUUGAGCUUUAUCCUCUAGGCCCAUUAAGAGUCUUAUAUAUAUGUAGUGUUCUUAUCAAUUUGGAAUCAAUCAAGGAAAUGAAUCAAUUUAUCUUUUAUUUUAUUUAUCUUUAUUUAUUGUUUUUCUUAGGUUUAGCUUAGUAUAGCUUGAUAGAGCUUCGACACUCUAUCAAUUGGUGCUUUCAUUCUUGAACACCAUGGCCUUUUCAAACCCUACUCAUCUCUAUUAUCCAGAUCCCACCACCAUUCCAACCUUUUCUCCAUUUUACUCUUCCACCAUCCCUCCCACUUAUCCCACAACCAUACCAAACCUAACUCCAACCCCUACACCCAACCCAAGUUUUCCUUCAUAUCCACAUCACCUUCAUGACCCAUCAUACCACCCACCACCAAGUUUCACCUAUCCACCUUACUCUUCAUACCCAAACAGCACCGCAUCACCAUCACCAAACCAUUACACAUCAUACACAACUUCUUCUCCAUCUGAUUAUGCAUAUUCAAAUCACUACAAUUCCUACCAAGACACAAACCUAUCGCCUCCCAUCAUUACCCACAACACCACCAACACCUUGCAGCAACAAGCCAAUACCAUCCAACAACCUUUCUACCACCAUCAGCCACCCAAUACCUCCACUCCCAUCUAUCAUCAUGUUGACCUUCCCUCUCACCAGAACCAAAACCCCACACCAACAGUCUCUCCUUCAUUUCCUACUCACACCAUUCACAAGCCACCAACACCCACUCCAUCACCAAACCCAUAUAUCUCCUCACCGUCACCACAAACACUCCCUCCUUCAAGAUUAGAGACAAAACUUGCAAAUUUUGAUGGCAGUGAAGAUGCUUAUUGGUGGAUUAUUUGCUCUGAAAAAUCCUUCAACAACAGGAAUCAUAGCUUAUCAGAUGCAGAGAAAAUAAUUGAAAGUAUUUUAGCAUUAAGAGGUGCUGCUCUCACGUGGUGGUUCAGUUGGUUUCCCACACACCGAAGGCCAUGUUGGGACUCUUUCACAUGUGGAUUACUUCGGCAAUUCAAGCCUGAAUGGAUACCCAUUUUACCCAUUGAUGGUGAAGAAGACUCAACCAAAGAAGAUACUGAGUUCAUCACUUUGGUUGAAGAAAAAGAAGCACCUGCAAUGAUAGAAGAUACUACCACCAUUGAAGGUGAAGAAGAAGAACCAACAGUCAAAGAAGAAGCAAAAAAAAUUAUUGAUGGUGGCCGUGAUUUCUUCUCCAUGACCAAUCAGAAUUUUGAAACAGUUGAGAAAGGGCAAGAAUCCAAAACUCACCAUGACUCUCUAUCAAUUUCUCUGUGUCCAAAACCACAAACAACAACACAGUUUCCUUCAACUUUGCCGCCGUCGGCGCCGUCGUUAAAACCACCAGACCCGCCACCUAAACCACCUGAUCAACUCAUGGUUCACUCUGUCCAUCCAUUUUCGGCUUCGCCAUUGAAACCGCCGGAACCACCACCGCUACCUCCUCCGUCUCCGAAACCAUUGGUUGUACUCGACGCCAUGACCACAACAAAAAUUUUGUCUCCUCCGCUGCCGUUUCCGCCUCCGAAGCCACCGGACAAAACUCCAACGCCGAUGUCGACACCAAAACCACCAGACAAGGUCCUACCUUUGUUCAUGAUGUCGUCGCCGAUGCCACUGCUCAACCAUCCACUCCCCCGACCACCGCCAAAGCCAAAUUAUCAUGGCUCACCUCUAAGCUUCAACCACCGUCACAUUGGGUACGAGUUGCUCUCUCUCUCUAUCACCAUGAAUUUCGUACAAUUUCAAAGGGAAAAACAACUGUCUCCAACUAUUGCAAAUUGGCCGCCGUUAGAUCAACUUCCUACUCCUAGUGGUACAUCAUGGCCGUUCAUUGAAAACAUAAUUCUUGUGAAUCCUUCCAAACCAACAGAAAAUUGGCACAUGUCAAGUGUAUUUCCACAACCCACAAACGUGAUGUGUGCAUGUGUCCUUGUAUCAGCUUUUGUCCACUUGCAUGAAUUCAAAGCAUGCUAUAUGCAAUUUUUAUUAUUAUUUUUUGAAUUGGGCUUAAGAGCAACGGACCAAAAAAAUUUAUUUGGACCGCUUUACAUUCAUCAAGUUGACUCAUCUCUGAACCUUGAGGACAAGGUUCAAGUGAACCCGGCGGUAAUGAUAGAAGAUUAUGGAGUAAUUAGUUAGAUAAUUAUGAGUAGUAGUUUAUUAAAUAAUUUAGAUAUUAAUGAAACAUAGUAUUUAUAUUAUUAGUUGGUCAUCUAUGCUAUUGAGUUUUGUUUGGUUGAGCUUUAUCCUCUAGGCCCAUUAAGAGUCUUAUAUAUAUGUAGUGUUCUUAUCAAUUUGGAAUCAAUCAAGGAAAUGAAUCAAUUUAUCUUUUAUUUUAUUUAU